AUGAAAGCUUUCAGCAUCGUCUUACUCGCAGCUACCCUCACCCUCGCCGCCAUCAACGAUCCUUGCACCGCAGGAAGCACACCCGGAAUAUGCCUGACUACCGCCUCUUGCUCCUCCUCGGGAGGGACGUCCCAUGUCGGCUUUUGCCCUAAUGACCCAACCAACGUUCAAUGCUGCACAAAGUCCUGCGGCGCAGGUGGCGUUUGUCGUUUCACCAGUUCUUGCACAAGUGGAAACACGGUCUCCGGUCUUUGUCCGGGACCCGAUAAUUUCAAGUGCUGUCUGCCCGCUUCUUCCGGCUGCGGUGCCCCAGCAGUCAACGCCGCCACGAUCGCCCUCAUCAAAAAGUUCGAGGGUUUCGUGGCCAGUCCUUCCCCCGACCCAAUAGGUCUCCCAACCGUUGGAUACGGUCACCUCUGCCAAACCAAAAACUGCGCAGAAGUUCCUUUCUCUUUUCCGUUGACGGAGGCGGAAGCAUCGACCCUCCUCAACUCAGACCUCAAGACUUAUGAAGCUUGCAUCACGAAGGACAUCGUUUCUUCUGUCCGGCUGAACGAUAAUCAGUACGGAGCACUUUGCUCGUGGGCGUUUAACGAGGGGUGUGGUGCUGCCGGAAGUUCAACUUUGAUAGCACGCCUCAAUGCCGGACAGGAUCCUGAUGCCGUUGCAGCUCAGGAACUCCCCAAGUGGGACAUUGCCGGUGGUAAGGUUUUACAGGGUCUUGUUAACCGCCGCGCUGCUGAGGUGGCCCUCUUCAAAACGCCUUCGAGCGUUAUUGCACACCCCCCUCAUUGUUAG